AUGACGGAACAAGGGAAGAAAGUGCUUCUGGUGGUGGUGGAUAUUCUCUGCGUCUUUGUAGCUGCUCUGCCCUCGGCCAUCUUGACCCUCAUGUUCAGUCCGUAUCAGAGGGGGAUCUACUGUGACGACGUCAGCAUCAGUUUCCCCUACAAGAGAGACACCAUCUCCCACGGAAGCAUGGCGGCCGUCACCAUCAUCUGCUCCAUCGUCAUCAUAACCACAGGGGAGGCCUACCUGGUCUAUUCCCACCGGCUGCAUUCCAACUCCCAGUUUAACCAGUACCUGUGCGCACUGUAUAAGAUCGUGGGCACGUUUCUGUUCGGCGCCGCGGUCAGUCAGUCCCUCACAGAUUUGGCAAAAUUUAGCAUAGGACGACCCAGACCCAACUUCUUAGCCGUGUGCGCCCCCACUGUCUGUGACGGAUACAUGCUACAGAUCAACUGCACCGGAAACCCCCGACACGUCACCGAGUCCAGGUUAUCCUUCUACUCGGGCCACUCUUCGUUCGGGAUGUACUGCAUGCUCUUUCUGUCGCUGUACGUGCAGGCCAGGAUGCAGGGAAAGUGGACGCGGCUGGUUCGACCCACCAUCCAGUUCUUCCUGGUGCUGUUUUCUGUGUUCGUGGCCUACAGCCGAGUGUCCGACUACAAGCACCACUGGAGCGACGUGCUGGUGGGGCUCCUGCAGGGGGCGCUCAUUGCAAUCCUCACUGUGCGAUACGUGUCCGACUUCUUCAAGCAGCGGCCUCCUCUGUGCACUGAGGCCAACGUACCCGAAGUGGAACAUUUGGACAGAAAAGCCACUCCUCCUCCUCCGGACUCUCAACACGGAAACCACUAUAACUACUCUGGCCCCGUAUGA